GAAAGUGAAUGCAGCAACAGCUGGGGGCGGAUUGGCUCUGUAGACAGACCCGGUAUUUUAGUACCAGGAGACAGACUGCAACAGCAGGAAAAGGACACAAAGAAAGACCGGAACUACAGCGCCAGCGUAGCAACAUAAGCGGACAGUUUAUACCAGCGCACUCAAGUAGCCUCCAUGACAGGUAGCUAACAGUUGACAGCAUCCAAGUUGAUGUUGGCCUCUCUGUCCACGAUGAUGUCACAUGGCUUUAAGAGCAGUAAGCAGGACUACACCUUUGGACCAUGGACAGUUACUGCUGCCAGAAACCACAUCAUGAAAUCCAAAGACAUUGAACGGUUAGCGGAGGAGAUGAACAUGCCCUCCCUUCCAGAGAUGAUGUUUGGUGACAACAUCCUGCGCAUCCAACACACAGAAGGCUACGGCAUCGAAUUCAACGCCAUCGACGCCCUUAAGAGAGUCAACAACAUGGAGGACGCUGUAAAGGUGGCCUGUGCUCAGGAAUGGCAGGAGAGCAGAGCUGACUCUGAACAUUCCAAGGAGGUGGUGAGACCUUACGACUGGACAUACACCACAGACUACAAAGGCACUCUUAUAGGAGAUAGUAUGCAGCUGCAGGUGGUGAAGACGGCGGAGCGUAUCAACAUGGAGAAGCUCAAGGCUCGGGAACAGAUCAUGUUCUUCGACGAGGUGCUGCUGUUCGAGGACGAGCUGCACGACCACGGCGUCUCGAUGAUCAGCGCCAAAAUUAGGGUGAUGCCCACCAGUUUCUUCUUGUUGCUGCGUUUCUUCCUGCGAGUGGACGGAGUGCUGAUCAGAAUAAAUGACACACGACUGUAUCACGAGGCUGGGAAGAACUUCAUGCUACGAGAGUUCAGCACGAGAGAAAGCCAGAUAGCAGAACUGAAGAAUGUUCCUGCUGCACUGUACACAGAACCCAAUGACAUCGCCCAGCACCUAACGCUGAAGCUGACAGAGUGUGAGAGGCUGGAGCUCCCUGGGAUGCAGCCUGGGAGCGAUGUUAAUGACGUCGUUCCGUGACCAGCAUACUAAGAGGUCCACAUUGAUGUGUUGCAUGAUGAAAAAAACGGGAAUAGUAGUCCAGAAGCACAUCCUUAAUCUUACAGUAUCAUAACAACCAUUGAUCUUCCCUGAAGUAUCUGUACAGGAAUAGUUUUUAUAUAUAUGAUGGUGUGUUCUUAAAACUCAAACGCAACCUGACUUUAGACAGUUUGUAAUAUCAUAGAAACUUGAACCCCCGGUUAAAUACUUCGGUCAAGCUUCUGGCUCUGUUCAUAUUUGAACUGAUUUUUGUUUUAUGAGACAUUUUUUUCACUCUCAAAAUUGAUCGCCCUUUUGACAUAAAAGACUUAUUAGUAGGUAGGCUAGCUGCUUCCAUGCUUGUAUUAUUAAUAUGUCUCUAAUGUGUUUGUAAAAACAAAACGCUACACAAAACAGCAGUGUAUUUUCUGAAGUCAUCAAGAAUUUCUGUAAAUAUGUCUACUGUAUUUUCUACGGUGACUUACGGAAGGUGAAAAAGCUUUUUUUUCCAUUUGUGAAUAUAUAUCUUCGAUAUGGCCAAAUAAAUUCUGUUUGUGCAAAUGUA